AUGCUGUUUCAGUUCUUUUCAGUCGUCGCCCUGUUGGCAUGCGCUCAGGGCGUAUUAUCGGCGGUAAGCAACUUCAGCUUGUAUGCGUAUGGUGACAACCUCCCGGCGGGCUUGAAGUUGUUCUACGCAGAUGGACGAGCCUAUCUCGGACCUAAGGCCCCUACCUUCGCAGCUGAGGCUGUGAAUGUGACUCUUGCACUUACGGACGAUCUGAGAUUCGUGGCCUCGCCCGAGGGCGAUGUGUCAUGGUCGAAGCAACCUUCCAUGUAUAUCGGUGCCGAUGCAGGUGACAUGAAGACUGUUGGAUUCAUCUUAGAGGAUGAAAUCCCUGAUGGUGUGACAGUCAAGGGCUUCGGGCUCUUUGGAGGAUGGGCGUACAACAACCAGAAGGCUGGUGCUAUCGAGAUGAACUUUGUCGCAAGUCCCGCAAAUGAGGCUGGCCUGUACCAGAUCAAAUGGAACGCUGCAAGCACCAAGGUCGCUGGAGAUCAUGUGCCAAUAUCUCUCAGGACCGAGGCGCCUGCUACGCCUGUGAAUUAA